GCGCGCGCUGUUGAUAUCCCGGCGUGCCCGACGUUAAUAUCGAUCGCGAGGAACAGCGGUGCAGUGCCGCGUCGACGGUCAUCGGGGUAUCAAUCGGCGCACGACUCACCGGACCCGCUUCUGCGAUUUCACUUUUUCACGUUACCUCCCGUCCGACCUUUGUCCGCUUUCAUUGCACUCUCUUCUCGCGACCUUGUCCUUCGAGUCGCCUAGUCGCGCUUCUGCCCUGCGAGAUAUCGCACGUCGAUUUUCAAUUCGGUGAAGGGUUGAGAGAAGAAAUCUCUCUCAACAACCCUUCGGUGAGGGAAGUUGUCAUUCGUGAAGGACGAUCGCGGAAUUGAAAGACUCAAUUGCCAGAAUGGCAUUAUUCUUGUGGGAGAAGAUUUUGGUCGUGAUAAUAGCAUUCCUCAGUUUGAGGCUUCUUGUAAAAGCCGGGAUUCUGGUCUGGAAGAAGUUAAUUGCCCCGAGUCUCGGUCUUGCAAUUGACAUUAGAACUCAAGGACGAUGGGCUGUCGUGACCGGAGCCACGGACGGACUCGGAAAAGCGUUUGCCAAAGCGUUCGCCAAACAAGGAUUAGACAUCGUUUUGAUCUCGCGAUCUAUGUCGAAGCUGAAAGACGUAGCCGCUGAGAUCGAGCAGGAAUAUCGAGUGGAAACCCGCGUAAUAGAGGCUGAUUUGACAGAGGGUCAGGUGGUCUAUGCAGAUAUUGGCAAAGCGACGCAGGAUUUGGAGGUGGGUGUUCUCGUAAAUAAUGCUGGAGCGAGCUACGAUCAUCCCGAGCUAUUCACGCACGUGUCCGAGGAAACGCUUGCAAAAAUAUUACAACUAAAUGUCGCCGGCAUCACCGGGGUUGCUCGAGCGAUACUUCCCGGUAUGAUGGAACGACGGAAAGGAGUUCUAAUCAAUAUCAGUUCGGCGACUGCGGCCAUACCGAGUCCCUACCUGGCCGUCUACGCCGCCAGCAAAGCGUAUAUCGAUAAAUUGAGCGCCGAUUUGGCUGCGGAAGCAGCACCGAGAGGCGUCACCGUCCAGUGCGUUCUUCCGGGCCCGGUAGCCACGAAGAUGUCGAAAAUAAAGAGAUCAACUUGGAUGGCGCCUACGCCGGAGAAGUUCGUAGAGGCAUCGCUAAAAACUGUUGGCAUUGAAUCGCAUACUACCGGAUACCCACCGCAUUCUCUAAUUAUCGGAGUAAUUAACUCGUUACGCUUCCUGAGCGAAACUGGCGCAGUGUGGUUGGUUACGAAAACGAUGCUCAAUAUAAGGGGACGAUCUCUUCGAAAAAAGAAGCCGAAGAGCCAAGAAGACGUGCAAGAAGAUAUUCUUACUAAGAGCAGUUGAUGAUACAAUACAGCGCAUUACUUUGUUUAUUGUUGUCGAGCUGUAUUCGAUUGUUUCUUUUUGUUAUUUUUGUUAAUUAAGUUAUAUUCAAACUCUUUUUUUAUAUUUAAAUUAUUUUUUGAAAACAUCUGCUUUGUUAUUUCUCAUUAUAAUGAGAGAAAUUGAAAUGAAAGAAUAAAGUAAAGUAAAAAAAUUAUAUUA